UUUCAACCCUAAGAAUUAUCAUUUCCCAGCGUUCGUCUUCUCUCUUUGCACUAAAAACCCUAAUACUCUCUCUAAAACCCAAACUUUCACUCUUUCAUAACAAUGGAGUUUUGGGGAGCCGAGGUGAGGAGUGGAGAGCCCCUAGUGGUUGCACCUAGCGAGGGCAUGGUUUUGCAUCUCUCUCAGGCUUGUCUUGGUGAGCUGAAAAAGGAGAAGGGAAAUGAAUCUGUCUGCUUGUUUUUGAAAGUUGACGGAAAGAAACUAGUUCUAGGAACAUUGUUUUCUGAAAAGUUGCCUCAGCAACAAUUUGACCUGGUUUUUGAUAGAGACUUUGAGUUAUCACACAACUGGAAAAAUGGAAGUGUCUACUUCUAUGGUUAUAAAGCCAACAAUCCUUUUGAAGAAGAUGAAUUGGAGGGCGGAGAAUCUGAUGAAUCUGAAUCUGAACCUGAUGAGGCUAUUCCGCUUACUCUUGCAAAUAAUGGGAAAUCAGAGGUAACUGUUAAGCAAGAGAAACCUGCUGUACCUCAGAAGUCAAAUGUUGCCAAAGACAAGGGUUCUGCUGCUGGAAAGCAAAAGGUGAAGAUUGUGGAGCCAAACAAAGAGGAGAAUCCGGAGGAUGAUGAUGAAAGUAGUGAUGAAGAUUUAAUAUCCGAGGAUGACGACGACUCCAAGGAUGAGGAUGACAGCGACGACUCUGACGAUGAAUCUGAUGAAAGUGAUGAAGAGACGCCAAAGAAGGUUGAACCUAGCAAGAAAAGACCUGCAGAAUCGGCUGCCAAAACACCUGCUACAGAUAAGAAGGCAAAAGCAACACCACAGAGAACUGAUAGCAAGAAAGGAGGCGGCCACGUGGCUACGCCCCACCCCUCUAAACAGGCCGGUAAGACUUCUGCCAACAAGCCAAACCAGCAGACUCCUAAAUCAGGUGGAUCACAUACCUGCAAGAGCUGCAACAGGACCUUUAAUUCUGAGAAUGGUCUGGAGUCUCACACAAAGGCUAAGCACAGCAGUGGAAAGUAAUUUUAAUCGAGGACACGGUUUGGGAUUUUGCAAUGUAGUUUUUGGUGAUUGGGCGGCGUUCUUAAGGUGAGUGGUAUGUUAUAUGAGGUUUCGUUCUAUGUAGAGUCGAGUGGACUAUUUUUGGCUCCCACAGGCCAAUUAUCAAGUUUUUGUGCUUUGUUGAAUGGGAUUUCAGACACUGUUUACAUGAAUAUUGUCUACAAUAACAUUCUAUUACCCUGCUA